ACGAAACCAGCUUCUUUCACUAGAUAACGUUUAAUUUGCUCGGAAUAGUUUUCUCUUGUUCCAAACUGAUGUUCAGUUGUAAACUCCAAACAAAGUCUCCAUCUACGUAACCUUCGAGUAAGCGCUUCGAAAGGGCAUUCGAUCCUAUAGAGUCAUAUUAUUCUCCCGAAACUAUCCCUCAUGGCUCGAACACUUGUGAAUAUCUCUGACACCAUAUUCGUGGGAGGCAAACAAGGAAAAUACACGGGCUCGGCUGUCAAGACUUCGACGACUUCCAAGCAUCCUCCCGUAUACGUCCCCCAUGGCAAAGGAGUUAUGAGAUACAAGGAUGGCACCAUGUAUGAAGGCGAGUGGGAUAAUGGCAUCUACUCGGGGCACGGGAAAUAUACCACCAAGACGGCCGAAUAUGCCGGCAUGUGGUCUAAAGGCGUCAAGGCUGGCCAUGGAAAACUGACGACCAGCGACGGGCGGGUGUACGACGGCUGGUUCGAGGCAGGCCAAAAGUCUGGAACCGGCACUCAAAAGAAUAACAAAACUGGUUCUAGUUACUCCGGCCAAUGGAAGAAUAAUCUGCCAUUUGGGAAAGGUGUCUGGCGUUGGGCAAACGGAGACUGGAUGGAGGGAACCUGGAACAGCAGUCAAGCCAGCGGAAAGGGAACGACUUUUCGUCACUUUGGUAACGGGUCAAUUUAUGAAGGAGAGACGCAGAAUGGGAAGUUUACCGGCAGAGGAAAGAUUACUUACAGGAAUGGAGGAGUGUAUCGUGGGCUGUGCUUCAAUGGCAUGAGACAUGGUGCUGGAUCAUACAAAUCAAAGGACGGUGUACUAUACGAGGGAACUUGGUCUAAUGAUGCCGAGAAUGGUGCUUUUGUAAUCACCCAUGUGGCCUCUGGUGUUAAGAAGAAGCACAGGUAUUGAGUUGCACUCAGUGAAAGCACUUGGACUAUGUACAUCCUGGAGUAACGAAUCCACUCAGGGAACCAUUUCGUUGAGGUGGAAUAGGCUGGCCUUCUCAACCUUUUAUGAUAGCGUUGAGCUUUCGAUUAACACAAUAGUUGAGAUGAUGGAGCUGUGAUGGCAUAUGAACGACAAAGCUGAUGAUGUAAUGGCACUACCUAUAUAACACAAGCCUGUAGCAGUGAGACA